UGUCGGACGUGCCAAGUUCGUUGGAAUAAUGAAAAUGUAACGAUCAGCUAAUUGGAUCGCUUUCGAGAAUUAGCUUUGAACGACGCGUUACUCAGUACCGAUGUUUUCCUUGAACAAUAUUGAAUUAUACAUUAGUUUUAUGUCAUGUGUAGCUAAGAAUAUUUAAUUACGUGUCCAGUGAAAUCAAUCGAAAUAGUCUCGAAAAGUAUUAUCUGUGAAAAGUGCUCAAAUAUGGUUAUGGAAUCAGGCCAGCAGAACGGUCGGUUCUGGCCUCUGUCUCCACGAUUGUGGCGGAGGAGCAACGAAUACACCAAAGUUGGCUUCGAGCCGCGACGACCGCCAACUUCACCCUUAGAAAUACGAAGAAUAUUCAACAUGACUCCUGAUUUACUACGGACGAGAAGUUUCAUCAAAGAUCGACUAGAUCAUUUAGAUUUAGAAGAGAAUAUCUUAGAAGUCGAAUAUGAGAAGCUUAAUUUAGAUUCAAAACCACCAAUAAGAGAGAAGAAGGUGGAAGAAGUGAGACUUAGAGCGAAAAAGCAAAGGCAGCCUCGGCCAAACAGCCUUCAGUUAUUGCUGUGCCCGUCGAGCUCUGGCCACUACAGUAGUAGUACUUGGAGGUACACCAGAGCGCGAUCCAAGAGCCAUGAGCCGGAAGGUGGCGGGCGGUGCGGAGACGGCGCGUUAGCCAGAGCAAUGCAGCCCGCUCCGACGGGCGGCUCGCCCAAGCGACAUGCACCCAUUCAGACGCACGGCGCUGUAGCGGAUCAGUCGACUUUGAAGGUCCACCUGCCGAAUGGCGGCUUCAAUCUGGUACGCGCCUCGCCUGAUGAAGACGUGAGGUCGGUGCUGCGACUCGUUGCCUCGAGAUUAGCCUCAGGAGAGAGGGUCUACGCGUCCUGUUUUGCUUUACGAGCGAGACUCUCAAACGGGAAGAUCCGAUGGAUUCAUCAGGACACUCCCGUUUCGGAGUUGUUGACGAAGUGGCCGGCCAGCGAGUGGCGGCUCGAGCUACGAGUACGGUACCUGCCCGCGAACCUCAGGGAGCUCUGCGAAGCCGAUCGCGUUACCUUCCACUAUUAUUACGAUCAGGUGCGACACGAAUACCUCAAUGCCAAUCAUCCUACCGUAGACCAGGAGCUGGCCGUGCAAAUAUGUUGUUUAGAAAUUAAGUACUUUUGUAAAGACAUGCAGAUCUCUAUGGACAAAAAGUCGAACAUCGAAUAUCUGGAGAAGGAGUUCGGCCUGCACAAGUUCCUCCCUAAAUCUGUGCUCGAAUCCAUUAAGCCGAAGGUGCUGAAGAAGGCAAUACAACAGCAAUUCAAGAAGGUGGCUAAUCUAAGCGACACUGAAUGCAUGCUGAAGUACUUGGAAACGAUGCACACACACUACGGGUACGACCGGGAGACGUUCGCAGGGGCCCUCGGCACCGGCUGGUUCAUACCGGUCGAACUGGCCAUCGGUCCUGAUAUAGAUAUAUCGUACGUGUCCCACAAGGCCGGCGAGCCACCCACCUACACGAAGAUAGCUUCGUUCAGCGACAUCGAAGCCGUACAGACGCUCAAGUCGAACUGCACCCAACACGGGAAGGCAGCGCUGCAACUGCGCGUCAAGGGCGCUGCGGAAACAUUGACGAUCACUUGCAGCAGUGUAGAGGCCGCAGAAAGCUUAGCUGAUCUGGUAGACGGAUACUGUAGACUGGUCACAGAUUCUCAAACUUCUCUAUGGAAUCGAACGAUGAUCUCCGCAGCUGAGAUGAGCAGCAGUUCGUCAGAAGGGAAGACGAGUUCGUGGGAGGCGAACACCGCCACUCUGCUGUCGGAGGACUACGCAGAGAUUGUCGAUGACGAUGCGGACUACUCUACUCCUGCAGUUCGCGAUUACGAAUUAGUUCGUAAUCAGAUCGAGUUGACGGGAAUCAUUGGGGAGGGACAGUUCGGCGAUGUACACAAAGGCACGUGCCGGGUGACGUCAGCCAACCACCCGUCGCUGCGUCGCCAGCUGUCCAUCCAGAAGCAGCAGGGCAAGAGUCAGAGCGGCGAGUACGUGCUGCCGGUGGCCGUGAAGACAUGCAAGAUGGACGCCGACUUGGACACCGCCGAGAAGUUCCUAGAAGAAGCAUAUAUAAUGCAGCAGUUCUCCCACCCCCACAUCAUCGGCCUGGUCGGCGUGUGCAGCUCGUCGCCGAUAUGGAUCGUCAUGGAGCUGGCAACACUCGGCGAAAUGCGGGCCUACUUACAGCAAAACGCGCACAGGUUGGAGACGUGUCAGCUAGUGCUGUACAUAUACCAGCUGUCGACCGCGCUCAGCUACCUCGAGAGCAAGAAGUUUGUCCACCGAGACAUCGCCGCCAGGAACGUUCUGGUCUCAACGCCCACCUGUGUUAAAUUGGCCGAUUUCGGGCUAUCGAAAAUGGUCGAGGACAAGUCUUACUACAAGGCCUCGAGGGGCAAGCUGCCUAUUAAGUGGAUGGCGCCAGAGUCGAUUAACUUCAGGCGAUUCACGUCCGCUUCCGACGUAUGGAUGUUCGGCGUCUGCAUGUGGGAGAUCCUGAUGCUGGGCGUGAAGCCCUUCAGCGGGGUUAAGAACAACGACGUGAUCGGCAAGCUGGAGAACGGCGAGCGGCUGGCCCUCCCCCCGCGCUGCCCCCCGCGCCUCUACUCCGUCAUGUCGCGCUGCUGGGCCUACGAGCCCUCGCACCGCCCCGCCGCGCACCUCCUCAAGGAGACGCUCUUUGAGAUAUUGCAAGAGGAGCGCAACACCGCGUGGGACACAAUGCGGCGUGAGAACCGACGCGUGGCCGCCGCCUCGUGGGGCGAGCAGCCUCCGCCCAAACCGUCCAGACCUCAUACCAACCUCAACGCAGCAGCGGAGGGGAGCGCGGCGGCGGCGGGCGGGGCGCCGCAGACGUACAUCGUGGCGCAGAACCCGCUCGUGCUGGCGCACCUGCUGCGGGAGAACAAGGCGCGCGCGCUCGAGCCGCGGGCCUACACCACGCCCGCCUCGGUAUUCAACACCGUCGCAGUAGACUUCGCGGAGACUCUACCGGAGAACGACCCCGCCAUCGUCGAUAAGAUCAUCCACCCCAAACCAGACGAGACCAUCGACAUCCCCCUCCAGACCGCCCCCAUCCCCGCCGCCAGCCUGCAGAAGCUAGACCCGGUCGUGCCGCCGCCCGAGGAAUCGGACGAGACUCUCACAGUGGUGGUCGGCGCCCGCGAGAGCUGCGACAACCUGUGUCAGAAUAUGCAGAGUGCGUCUCCCGGCGAGGAGGCCGCCGCGGACCCCUACAGCAACCGCGUCAGGUCUCUGGAGAGGAGCACUCGCGCCCCGCUGUCCACUGUGGAGCGCGGCCCCGUGCGCGUGGGGUCGCUAGAGCGGACCGCACGCGUGUCUCGGCGUGGGUCCCCGGUGGGCGCGGCGCCGCUCGCCCGGCAGCACUCGGUGCCCGCGUCGCCGCCGCCGCGCGCGCGCCGGGACCGCGACGUGGGGCAGUUCUCGGUGCAGGGCACGACCAACGCGCAGCUGGCCGCCAGCGUCGUCAACAAGAUGCGGCAGCAGCCCGAGCCGCCGCUGGUGGAGGAGAUAUACGACUUCGGCGGCGACAACGUGAGGAGCUGCGUGGCGGUGGCCGCCCAGCGCGCCCGGGGGGGGCCGCGGGGGCGGGGGGCGGCGGGGGGCGCGCGCGCGCAGAGUCCGGAGUUUGACACGGAGCAGGCGGUGGAGCGGCGGCUGCUGGCGGAGCUGGCGCGGCAGCAGCACCAGAGCGAGGAGGACCGGAGGUGGCUCCAGAUGCAGGAGGACAACUUGAAAAAGAGAUUGUCGAGCGUGCAGCCGUGUCCGGAGUCCGAUCCCGCGCCCGCGGAGCCCCGGCCUCCCACUCAGCCCCAUUCCGCUGCAGACUCCUCAGAGACAAGUCCAGCGAAUACCGUUAAAGGUAGAGACAAAUCAGCCAGUGAUGAGAAGCGCUCCCGCAAGAGCGAAGACCCCGUGUACGUGGCGACGACGGGCGUGGUGCGCGGCGUGAUGCGGCUGGCGGCGGGGGGCGCCGGGGGGCCGGGGGGGCCGGGCGGCGGGGGGCCGGGCGCCGUGCUGGGGGCCGUGCGCCACGUGGGCGCGGAGCUGAGGACGCUGUGCGGCACCGUGGACCUGCUCGUGGGGCUGUACCCGCCCGCCGCGCAGAGAGAGGUCGAAAUGGCCCAUCAGGUCCUGAGCAAGGACAUGGCGGCGCUGGUGGAGGCCAUGCGUCUAGCCAUCCAGUACCACGACACCACGCUGCACCAUGAGUACACCAAGAGCAUGCUUGCAGCCGCCCACGUGCUGGCGAUGGACGCAAAGAACCUCCUCGACGUGGUGGACUGCAUCAGGGACCGACUUCCGAACAUCGACUGGCGCGCCGCCCUCGCCGAGCAGCCGUCCCCGCAGCCCCAGAACCAGACCCUCACGUCGCAGAACCAAGUGUACGCGGCCCAGAGCGUCACCUUCACACCGCAAAACCCGAUUCUCAGUAAUCAAUCAUCGGUGCAAGAAGAGGAGAUCCCUCCCCCGAAGCCGGACUUCAAAAUCAACCAGCCCGUCACCACCAGUCAGAUAGUCGUCACCGAGCACGUGCCUAAAGAGCACAGCAGUCUCCCCGCCACGUCCAAUAGAGUUUCCGCCCUCAUACAUAACUACAAUUUGUAUGGGAACGUCAGAGAUCAGCACAUAUAUGGCAACACUGAAGUCGUCCCGCUGCACCACUCUGUGUCGGUCGACGAUUCCAGGAUCGACGCGACGUCCACGGAGACGGUGAGGAGUCGAGUCCAGGCGAUAAGCGGCAGACUCGAUACGCCGCCCCUGUACUCGGUCAGCAAAAAGAUGGCGGUCGAUCAGAACGUCGGGCACAGCGAUCAGGGGUGAAUGUUGCCAGCUUUAAACGAAGCCGCUUUUGUAGUAGAUUUUUACUCCGCGUGGAGUUUCGACAGCUUUACAUCAUUUUUUUUAAGGCUAUGACAUAGAGUGCGAUGUUAGAAUGGACUAGUCUAGUAGUUACAGGAACAUACGGCUCAGGAACCGUAACAUUUUCUAUUAAUUAAUUAAUUAAUUAAUUAAAAUGAUAAUUUGCCGCUUUUACUUCAUGCUACUUCACUAUUCAAGGCGUACAAAUAAUAUUCUUUAUCGAUAAAAAAAACACGUCAUACUAUUUCCUACCACAUAUCGCCUUGUCGUAUUAAAAUUGUACAAUUUCUAAAAAUAUUUGAAAUUGAGUUAAUAUGCGUAAACGUU